CCGCGUUAGCUUAGCCUCUGGGGGGGGGUUCGAUCGAUCUGGCGCACCUGACUCGGUGGUUUUCUCCUGCGCACGCAUUUGAGGAAUAUUGAAGUCGCGGGAACAAGUUUGACAACUGGCUCGCGUUUCCACCCGAGGCCAAAACAAUCGAUUUUUUUCCGGGACCUGUUCCAUAUUUACACAGUGGGAGGAGGACGUGUUCCCGGGCUGAUGAGGAGAGCCUGACGGUUCUGGUGCGGACGGACCCGGACGCCAUCACAUCUCCUUUAAAAAAAAAAAAAAAAAAAACACUGCGUUGCCUCGCCGUGAAUCUGAUCUACCCCAGGAGCCUCACUGGGAACCUCUCAGCGGAACACCACCCUUCCCUGAUAGAUUGUUUUAUUCAGAUUUUUUCGCGACGUUUUUCCUCAGUAGCUGUGAUGUCGUGCAUCAGCGGGGACGCGGCGCCUCGUCAACACGAACGCAGCAAGGUGUUCAACAACAACACCAGUGGAGGUGCAUCGCAUUGAGAAGCUGCCAGUGGCCGUGACGUCUGCUGUCUGUGGAAAUCUCUGGUGGAAGUUGAAGGUGUUUUGAGCCGAUCUCACUGCGGGGAACAGCACAGCUCUGCAGCCGGAGUUUGACGUUAGCUAGCCCGCUGUGGCGCCUUCUAUCUGCGAUGUGGUUGCUAAUCUGAGAGCCACCACAUUGUUUGCUUUAUAUAUAUAUUAUUUUCUCUCGCAGGAUAAGCCCCGUCAGACUUGUCCAAACACCCAGUUUAGAUUUUUCUGCUCCACUUCUUGUCAUAUAAGUGGCUAACUUGUUAGCUGCCAUAACAAGUUUCCAGCUAUGUCUGAAAACGCCCCCACACGAAGCCUGGAUGACAUCGACCUCGCAGCUCUCAGGGAUCCAGCAGGAAUCUUUGAGCUGGUCGAGGUUGUUGGCAAUGGGACAUAUGGACAGGUGUACAAGGGCCGCCACGUGAAGACGGGCCAGCUGGCUGCCAUCAAGGUGAUGGAUGUUACUGAGGAGGAAGAAGAGGAAAUCAAAGCAGAAAUCAACAUGCUGAAGAAAUACAGCCACCACCGCAACAUAGCCACGUAUUACGGAGCCUUUGUAAAGAAGAGUCCACCAGGACAUGAUGACCAACUAUGGCUGGUGAUGGAGUUCUGUGGGGCGGGAUCGGUAACUGACCUGGUUAAAAACACAAAGGGUAGCUCUCUGAAGGAGGACUGGAUCGCUUACAUCUGCAGAGAGAUCCUAAGGGGGCUUUCUCACCUCCACGCCCAUAAAGUCAUCCACAGAGACAUCAAGGGCCAGAAUGUGCUGCUGACUGAGAACGCAGAGGUCAAACUUGUUGAUUUUGGGGUGAGUGCUCAGUUGGACAGGACCGUCGGGCGUAGGAACACCUUCAUUGGGACACCUUACUGGAUGGCACCAGAGGUCAUUGCCUGUGAUGAGAACCCUGACUCCACCUACGAUUACAGGAGUGAUAUCUGGUCCUUGGGGAUCACAGCUAUUGAGAUGGCAGAGGGAGCUCCUCCCCUGUGUGACAUGCACCCGAUGAGAGCCCUCUUCCUGAUUCCUAGGAAUCCCCCUCCAAAACUGAAAUCCAAAAAAUGGUCCAAGAAAUUCAUUGACUUUAUCGAGGGCUGUCUUGUGAAGACAUAUACCACUCGACCAUCCACAGAACAGCUGCUCAAGCACUCCUUCAUCAGGGACCAGCCCACUGAGCGCCAGGUCCGAAUUCAGCUCAAAGACCACAUUGACCGCACGCGCAAGAAAAGGGGGGAGAAAGAAGAGACAGAGUAUGAGUACAGUGGUAGUGAUGAAGAGGAUGAAAACCGUGGAGAUGACCGCGAGUCAAGUUCAAUCCUCAAUGUACCUGGUGAGUCCACCCUGAGGCGGGACUUCCAGCGUUUGCAGGUGGAGAACAAAGAGCGCUCGGAGGCUCACAAGAGGCAGCAGGCCCAACUGGCUGCUCAGCGCCGCGACCCCGAGGAACACAAGAGGCAACUGUUGCAUGACAGACAGAAACGCAUCGAGGAGCAGAAGGAACAACGCCGCAGACUUGAAGAGCAACAGAGAAAAGAGCGAGAGAUGGUGAGGCAGCAAGAUAAAGGUCCCCACCGGAGACUCGACGAUAUGAGACGGGAGGAAGACAGAAGGUUGGCUGAGAGGGAGCAGGAGUUCAUCAGACAUAAAUUAGAAGAAGAGCAACGACAGUUAGAAAUCCUUCAGCAGCAGUUGCUUCAGGAGCAGGCACUGCUUAUGGAGUAUAAGCGUAAGCAGCUGGAGGAGCAGCGUCAGUCAGAGCGUCUCCAGAGGCAGCUGCAGCAGGAGCAUGCCUACCUGGUGUCUCUGCAACAACAGCAGCAAGAAAAGAAGCCCCAGCUCUACCACUACAACAAAAACCUGGAGUCCAACAACAAACCCACUUGGGCUCGUGAGGUGGAGGAGAGAAGUAAACUCAACAGACAGGGCUCUCCAAAAAUCUGCACCACUGUGUCUGACACUGCCAUCCAGUCACGCUCUGACUCUAUCAGCCAGUCAGGAGUGGUCCAGUCUGCUCAGACUCCACCGAUGCAGAGGCCUGUUGAACCCCAAGGAGGACAGGGCAAGGAUCCCUCACUCACCCCCAGCCCCCGCCCCAUCCACUCUAGAGAGUUGGUGCGUCAAAACUCUGACCCCACUUCUGAAACCCCCGUGCCACAGGCACACCAAAUCAGAGAGGAUCGUGGGCCCUGGAUCCGCCUGCCAGAUGUGGAACUCCCGCCCAAGGUUCCCCAAAGGACAGCGUCUAUUGCCACAGCUCUCAACACCAACCUCACCUCUGGCAUAAGGCAUCCAGUAAGAGCCAGCAAUCCAGAUCUUAGCCGCAAUGAUCGCUGGGAGAGAGGAGACAGUAUGAGCAUCAUAUCCAAUCUGCCCCAGACUGGCUCUCUUGAGAGGCAUCGCAUUCUCAGUUCCUCCAAAAUGGAAUCGCCCAUGCUCUUGCACGAUAGCCGCCAUAAGCCAGGGGAGUCCCGCACCUCCUCCCGCCCCGGGCGUCCUGCUGACCAUGGUCUUUUUGCCAAGGAGCGAGCUGAGGAGCAGCCAAGGCCACCAGUCAAGGCCAACGACUACUCCUCGUCCUCUGAGAGCAGCGAGAGCAGUGAGGAGAGUGAGAGUGGCGAGGGACCAGAGGAGGAAGAAAGCCCCACCGAUCGUCACAGGGAUGAAGACACCGAUUCAGUCAACACAAUGGUGGUUCAUGAAAUCGAAGGCGAGGGGGGAGAUGGAGAGCAAGCUGGUGGCUAUGGGGAUCAGACCAUGCUGGUGCAGAGGACCCCAGAGAAGCGGAGCCAUAAUGGAUACACUAACUUGCCUGAUGUGGUGCAGCCCUCCCACUCCCCCACUGAAACAGCCACUCACUCUUCCCCUGGGAAAGACUCUGUUUAUGACUAUCAAUCCAGAGGUUUAGUUAAAGCAUCUGGCAAGUCCUCCUUCACCACCUUUGUGGAUCUGGGCAUGUACCAUUCACCAGGAGGAGCAGGGGAUAACAUGUCUAUCACCGGCUCCAGGUUUGAGCAGCUGAAAAUGGAGGUGAGAAAAGGAUCCAUGGUGAAUGUCAAUCCCACCAACACACGUCCCCCCAAUGACACACCUGAGAUCCGCAAGUACAAGAAGAGAUUCAACGCUGAGAUCCUGUGUGCCGCACUUUGGGGUGUGAACCUAUUGGUGGGCACAGAGAACGGUUUGAAGCUGCUGGACCGUAGUGGUCAGGGCAAGGUUUACCCCCUCAUCAACUCCCGCAGGUUCCAGCAGAUGGACGUCCUGGAGGGCCUCAACCUGCUCAUCACUAUAUCAGGCAAGAAAAACAAGGUGCGUGUCUAUUACCUGGCCUGGCUGAGGAAUAAGAUCCUCCACAACGACCCUGAGGUGGAGAAAAAGCAAGGCUGGACUACUGUGGGCGAGAUGGAGGGCUGCGUGCACUACAAAGUGGUGAAAUACGAGAGGAUAAAGUUCCUGGUGAUCGCUCUGAAGAACGCUGUGGAAGUGUAUGCUUGGGCGCCCAAACCUUAUCACAAAUUCAUGGCCUUCAAGUCUUUCGCAGACCUCCCACACAGGCCUGUCCUGGUUGACCUAACAGUGGAAGAGGGUCAAAGGUUGAAGGUCAUCUAUGGCUCAUGUGCUGGUUUCCAUGCAAUUGACGUGGACUCUGGAAACAACUAUGACAUUUACAUCCCUGUGCAUGUAAGUUGUGGUCAUUUGUCAGAGAGCUGGGGUUUUUUGUGUUGUUUUUUUUUUUUUUGGGCAGAUGUGAAACCAACAGGUGCUCAACUCUUCUAUUUUAAUCCCACACAGAUUCAGAGCCACGUGUUACCACACGCAAUUGUGUUCCUGCCCAGCUCAGAUGGCAUGGAGAUGCUGCUUUGCUACGAGGACGAGGGCGUCUAUGUCAACACCUACGGACGCAUCAUCAAGGACGUGGUCCUGCAAUGGGGCGAGAUGCCCACAUCUGUUGCUCAUAUCUGCUCCAAUCAGAUCAUGGGCUGGGGAGAAAAGGCCAUAGAGAUCCGCUCAGUGGAGACUGGACACCUGGAUGGUGUGUUCAUGCACAAAAGAGCUCAGAGGCUGAAGUUCCUUUGUGAGAGAAAUGACAAGGUCUUCUUUGCAUCAGUGCGAUCUGGAGGCAGCAGCCAGGUGUACUUCAUGACCUUGAACAGGAACUGCAUCAUGAACUGGUGAAGGAAGUUCCGCUCUGGUCAGUGCGUGGAACCGCUAGGGUUCGAAGAACGAAGUGCAUCCGAAAUUCUCGAAAACGCAUGCACACAAUUGUGAACACAUCUCUCGCUUUCUCUCCAGCUCGCUAUCACCCAUGCAGUCUUUCACCAAAGACACACAUAGACAAACACACACACACAAACACAAAUAAUAUCUAAAUUCAUUCCAGCCUACACUAUUUAAGAUACAGUUUCUACUGAGGCCCCCUGAUAACAUUCUCUGCAGAAUCAUCAUGAAAAGUCACUGAUGAGCUGCAGAUGUUAACACCACCUAUUGAUUUGUACUGUAUAUACUCUCGUCUUGAUCUGUUUUACUUGGUGGACCUGUGUUCAGUCGUAUCUAUUUAGUUCCAUAUCGUGAAGUAUGUUUAAAAACACAUUCCGUGAUGGUUCUACCGUAAAUUUUGAGGAAGGCAUUAUUUACCUAUACUGAAUGUUGAAAUGAAGCUGUAAAUAGAUAGCACCUGACACUUAGAUCUGAAUCAUUUGCAGGCAUCUUUUGCUCAAAUAAUAAAAUGGUGGAGCUUCCCUCUGCAGUGGCCUGUGGACCCCCCUGUUGUUUUGGGGGGUUUACAACUUCAAGAAGGCCUAAAGGAAGGAUUUAAUACAAAAAAUAUUAUGAAGGCACAUAAAAGUCAGGAUGAAGUAGCGCUCUCUAUCAUAGACAGUAUCCUGAAGUCCUGCUCCUUCACUUUUUGUUUGGCCUGAAUGGCAAAUAAUGUUGCAGCUCUUGAUCACAGCUUGAAUGCCUCAAUAGCAAAUUUAAUUUCUCUUUUAAAAUAAAUAAAUAAUAAUUAAAAAAACAAUCAAAUCUCAAAAAUGCUCUGUCGUCAGAAUUUGUGCUGCAAAACCUCCAGCUUUGCCUUUAUUUCUCUGGUUUAGAUGAAACCAUUAAUUAUUUGACUCAUCUGGCUUGUAUCUAAACCUUUUUUCUUUUUUGUAGAUUUACAAAAUACAACAAAUUUGAUAUUUAUAUGUAGUGGUUAUGUAUUGGUAUUAGCCUACUGGUAUUCUUAAUUUUACUGUAAUUAUAUUGCCAUUAUAUUGCAAUAUAUUCUAUUCUUGUGGAGUCUUUGUUUGAGGAGGAGAGUUUGUGUGUUCUGGCUUGUGUCGUUCUGCGAGUACGGUGACAACUUUUGGGACGUUAGCCACAAAAGUAAGAAGUUGGAGAAACAUGGAAGCAGAGUGCCACUGAGAUUAUAGUGAUGAAGGGAGGUUGUUUUCAGGGGCCUGUCGCCCUCUUACCACACUGAUCUACUCUACUGUAUUAUAUUUCAGUUCUUAGACUUUUUUUUUUGUGUGUGAGAAGUGUUUGUCCAGGGGAUGGUGUUGGAACAGCUCAUAGUGCAAAACAGUUCUUAUUUGUGGUGGGCCAGUAGAAAGAUUUAAUGUUAAGAUCUGCACCACCACAGAGGUUUCCAUCUCAUCAGGCGCUUUGGCUAGCACACAUGAAACUUACUAUUUUUCAUAUUUAUAGAUUCUGCCAAAGUUCACAGCAUAUUCAGAAACAGAGGGUAUGAACCAAGGCCAAAGGCAAUAGAGUUUGAAUUGGCAUCUAGAUAUUUGAGAAGAGACUUUUCCUACAGAUCAAUAAACAUUGUUUUCCUUUCAACAUAUAGAUCCAAAGAGUCAGCUGGCUUUCCACAAAUAUUAUGGUAUCAUGGUUUAUUAGCUGCUUGUAAUUUCUUAUAGAUCUUUACUCUGUGUUUGUUAGUAGUGCAUAGGUUCCCCCACCAUGUUUAGGGGAGUUAACUCUGCUUUGUUUAGGCAGCUGCACGAGGGAGGUACCAUGUUCUCAUACACCGGGUAGAAGUAUGCGGCAGCCGUAUCAGGAAGUAGCCUGGUGGAAUUCUGUCGGCAGGGAGUAGGUCAACACAUGAAGAAAAGCUUUUUUUGUUCAGGGAUUUGUGAUACCACAGCAUAUGAACACAUGGACAUCUGCCUAAUUCGAGGCUUCUCUUUUUUCUAUCUUCAUUCUAGAGCACAAUUUGAGAGCAAGCAUUAUUGAUUCCACUUUCAGAUUUUGUAAUGCUCAAAACCCUGCACUCACACUCAAAUAGCCCCUUCUUAGAUUUGCUCUGCUUGUGCUCUGCUUGUGCUCGAACCGUGCACUUGCACUCAAAUUGUGUUGCUCGGACAGAUUUCAUGCACUUUUUGUGCAUCAAAUCCUUCAAAAUUCCUCAAUCAAAAGAGUUGACGAAUUAUAAUAGUCCCUUCCUCGUUUUGGGUGCUUUAGCUUCACUUCUUUGAGAGUCCAGUACCUGUUGUAACUUUAACCGGGUUCAUACACUCCCAUCCUCCUCAGCCUUAUUAUCACACCGGCUUCCUGUCUGUUUGCCUGACAGGAAAACGACACCUUCAAUUGUUACGACUAUACCUGGCAUUUUAUUGGUUUAAAAAUUUUGACAGACUUCCAAGCUGAGAGAAAAAGGCUGAAUGCAGGAAAUAUCUGAAUUAAGCUCACAAUCUGAGCACAAACAGGGGCCAUUUGAGUGUGAGUGCAGGAUUAUGAGUGUAAGCAUAAACAAAUCUGAACAUCAAAUUACUCAGACCACAUUCUUGAAUAAAGACAGGAAAAAUAAAAAAACAUCUUAUUUGUUGAUGUUGACAAAUGCGACUGUUUCGUGAAUAUGCCAGUACUAGAAGUUUAUGGAUGUUACGAAAUUAAUCUUGGAUAUUGAUAAAAGUCUUCUUAAAGUCACACUUUAAGCUAAGAAGAUAUAUAUUUUAUGUGGUUGAAAAGAAAACUAUUCAGAAAGAUUUCAGGGCAAAGAGUGUCUAAUCAGAUUAUAUAAAUAGAUGGUUAAUUUUAUGGUGUGAUUAUAACAAAUAAAAGCAUAGAAAGCACUUUCACAUCAGUAAACCUACAUUUACAAAUAUAUCUGGAGCACAUACUUUGAUGUGCAGAUCAAAGCCAUUGAAAUAGAGUAUAUCACUGUAUCAAAGUUGUUUUCCCCUUUAGCAAAUACGUUUUUAUUCUUAAACAUGUUAAGUGCCAUGACCUACAUUUCAAACUUCUAUGACAAUUUAGACAGACCUCUGGCACUCAUUCUUUUUUUUUAUUGUUCAAUCAUUAUUAUUUUAUUGUUCAGUCUGCCAUGUUUACAGUUUAAGCAGUGCCUUGGAGUGGGGAAGGCGUGAAGUUUUAGGAUGGGUUUGUGAGCCACAUCCCACCCACCUACACUUGUCUCUAACUUGAAAUCACGUGAAGAAGAGGCACAGCUAUUUUUGCUGCCUCAUUUACGACAAACAUCCUGUGCCAGUUAAGUGCACUUACGUGAAAUCCGGAAGAGAUCUUUUUUGACACUAAAAUGAAACGAUCAGUGACAAAGAAGUUAACGUGUGUCCAGUGCAACAUGCAGAGGCUCUACACGCAGUGGGAGCCAGUAUAGAGAAAAGCCAUACGUGUGAAUCGUGUUUUGUAGAAGACAACUUAGUACUUGUGCACAGAUGAAAGGAAACUGUGUGUGAUGUCUGCUCAGAAAGCGUAGGUUCUCGCAGCAAGGAUGAGGUCAGCGCUUCUUACUUUAAUGAUGUUAAUUGUUCAAUCUUGUAGUGGGGGAAAGUAGCUUGAUUCUAAUAAGUCUAUUUUAUAAAAUGUGUAAAUUAGUCUAUAUUGAAAAAUAAAAGUGAAUGUACAUCUAUAAGACAGAUUUGUAUUUGUAUAGAAAUGUGUACCGCUCUAGUAAUCAAAGCACAAUGUAUUUAAGGUAGAGAGAUCAAUAAGAGAGAUGGAAGGUCACUCAGCGCUCGUCGGUCGUUAGAGUGAAGCGAGUCGUCUGCUGAAAAAGAUGCGUGUCUAUGGACAAACUUGGGGUUAGCAGAGUUAUUCAGACAGAUUCUGGUGAUCAGAAGAGUCUAUGGUGACUCAUAGAUUGGUGAUGGACUUUUGGUGUAAAUUGCCUGUGUGAGGUUGACAGGCUGUUAAUAUGUUCAGGGGAUCAUCAGUGGUGACAUCAGUGAGAGCGAAACGGUUUUGUUAUGAGGUUAUCUGCUCUUGGCUUCUGGAUUUUAUCCAGAAAGUAAAUAACAGAUGUAUCAGUCAAUCACUAUUACAGACCAAGACACUGGUCUUUUUUUUUGUUUCUUUAUGACAUUUUUUUUCAAAAUGACAUUCAGUUGACGUGUUGCCCCAAAAAAAUGUAAACAUAUAUAGCUCCCUGUCUUUAAUAUUAAUUCCAAUAAAAUGCACAGACAUUGAUUUAUUUUGAAGCAUUGAUUUCUUGAUCGCUUCCAUUAAUCACUGGUCACAGACCUCACAGACAUAUUCCUUGUUCCCAAAGAAUAUCAAUAGUAUUUCUAACUUGGCUGUGGUCCACAUGCUCAGUGUGGGUCAUUAAACUUUAUUUGCAUCUAAAAACGAUGAAUAAAAUAGUUAAAGUUCACAGAUUUAAGCUGCUAAAUAUGUUAUUGCUCAAUUUAAAUCGAACAAGAAUAUACACUACAUUUAAAAGAAGGAAUACAUUUGAAAACAAUUGCACCUUAUUGUAUUUGUUGAGUGUUUUUCUAGAUGGCAAUUGAAGUGAAUUGUUGGACUCAAGAAAAACAUGACAGGCAGGUUGGCAUCAUUUUAUUUUUCACCAAUAAAAACAAUCAUCUCAAAUCGGUAACUAAUGCUUCGAAGAUUUGUGUCAGAGAUAUAACAGUAUGUGAAUCGUUUGACUUAAGAAGGCGCUUCUGAAUAUUACGCUUGUCUAAUUUUCUGCAGCAGAAAUGAAAAACACAGAAGACUGGAUCUGAUUGUCUAAUUCUGUAGAAGCACCUUAAGGUGUGAAAAGUGCUUUUUUUUCAUUUUGUGCCAAGAGCCAUUAAAAGAAGAAGAUUUGCAGCACGAGUCACAUGAUUUUUUUUAAUCACGUGACUCUUCUUUAAACGGCCGAGAUGCACAAACAUUUGUCCUCCGAAAGUAAGAGGCAUCACCGAGGUGGAGGUGGAGCACUGAAGGUGUAGAUGACUUUUCUCUUUUCUAAGCAAUACAAGCAUUUGAACAAAUCAAAACCAUGACAGUGUAUCUCAGUGUGACGUGCAGGAGCCGACCCUCCGGUGGCAGACUGACUGUCGGCUGGUUUCUGUCUCGCUUGUUACAGGAAUAAUCUGUUCUUUACUUUUGUUUGUAAUCGCAAGAAACGACUGCUUCUCUCCUGAUGGUCGAGCUGUUGGGAUGCUUGCUCUUGUUUUGCUGUUGUGAAAUCCCAGAAACUGCCUUCAUGAACUUAACGCAUCGAUAAAUGGAUGAUCGCUAAUAUUCGUAAUGAGGCAUAGCUUGUGUUUCUUAUCCAUAACGUAUGUGUGGAUUAGCAGCUGUAGCUGGGAGUGAGGCAGAUCGAACUCGUAAGUGUCGUGGAUCUUUGGACAGAACUACAAUAUCUAUUCUUCUUUUUCCAAUAAUUUUUUUUUUUUUUUUAAAGACCGUAAACAUCUUUGCAAUGUUUUAGUGUGUGUGCGCGCGUCUGUGUUACUUGUGACAGGUUAACUCCCGAUUGUAUUUCCUAGACUGAUAAACUUCAAACUUUCAAAAGGAUUGUGUUGAAUGAAUUCAUGUCUUAAUACAGAAUUGUUUGAAAAAUAAAAUACAUUGAUCUCA